AUGCGAGCGGUGGCAUCUUCCUCGUGCUGCGCGUCGUCCUUCUCGAAACGCUUCCUUUCCUCGUCGUCGUCGUCUUCGAAACAUUCUUCUUCUUCGUCGACGAAACAGUUACAGAUGUUUACGACGCGCUGCUCUUCCUCCUCCACCUCAAAUAAUAAUAACAACAACAACAACAGCGACGAUUGUAAGGAGGACGCUAAAAUGGUCAAGAAAGAACCGACCGUGCCGAUAACAUCGAUGACGACGAGCAAAACGGCGGAGGUGAAAACUAUCUUAGGUACCAUGACGUUUGGGUGGAGCUACAGUUCAGAGGAUAUGGCAGAGAACGAGAGCGAGAAGCUGUUAGAUUUUUUCAUCGAAGAAGUUGAGAAAGGAACAUCGUCGUCGUCGUCGUCGUCGUCGUCUUUGAUUGAGUUGGACACAGCGAUAGCGUACGCGGGAGGAAACACGGAAGAGAUAUUAGGUCGCAUAUUCUCUCGCAUGCCGAAAGAGAAACUUUUGAAACUCUCCGUCGCGACAAAGGCGAAUCCUUGGGGGGAGAAGAUGGCAAGCGUCGCGGGGGAAGGCGGAUUACGAGCGGAGAAGUUUCGCGCGCAGGUCGGAAAGAGUUUAACGGCACUCGAUCCAAAAAGUAUAGAUAUUUUGUAUUUACACGCUCCAGAUUCGGAGACGACUUUGUACGACGUGUUGGAGACCGCUCAAGGGUUGUACAGGUCCGGAGCGUUUAAGUAUUUGGGUUUGUCGAAUAUGAGCGCUUGGGAAGUUGUGAGAGCGCACGCGAUUUGUAAAGAGAAUCAGUGGAUCGUACCGACAAUAUACCAAGGGAUGUAUAAUCCGUUGACUCGCCAGGUCGAGCCGGAAUUGAUUCCCGCGUUGAAGAGUUUGAACAUGCGCUUCGUGGCGUACAACCCACUUGCGGGCGGGUUAUUGACUGGUAAGCACGAAAAGUUAUUGAACGCGAGCGGCGGCGGCGACGAAGGGAUAAAAGCUGGACGAUUCAAGAAUAACGAGAUGUACAAAGCGCGCUUCUGGAACGAGGCCUAUUUCGAAGCCGUGGAGGUGAUUAAAAAAGCAGCCGAGGAGGAGGGAAUAACGCCAACAGAAGCAAGCUUGAGAUGGAUGUAUUUCAAUUCAAAAUUAUCCGGCGCAAAAGGCGAUGCGGUCAUCAUCGGAGCAAGUAGCAUAACGCAGUGUCGAGAAAAUUUGCUCGCGUCGAGAAAAGGACCGCUGAGCGAGAAAUUAGUCAACGCGUUCGAUGAAGGCUACGAACUCGUAAAAUCAGUUCAACCUCCUUAUUUCCGCGGUCACUUUUUACUUUGA